GCCCCAGCGCAGUGGCCCCGGGCAUGGGCUGCUCCUCGGGUCGGCAGCUCCCGGCGCCGGUCCUCCACCCCGACCUGGUCUGCGUGGACCACGGACCGCCCCGGGACCCGGGUCUCCGGGACCUGGACCCCUACAGCUCGGGAGGAGGGGGCGACGACGAGGACGACGACGGAGGAGAAGGACGAGGAGGAGGAGGAGACGACGGAGAGGACGGAGACGACGACGAAGGCGGCGGCGGCGGCGGCGGCGGCGGCGGCGGCCGGGGGGCGAUGCCGGGCGACCGCGGCCUGAGACCCCCCACCGCCGCCGCGCUGCACACGCUGGAGCGCCUGGCCCAGGCCACGGGCGGCACGGAGAAGUCGUGGUACCGCUGCGUCUUCCCGUUCGGCGUGAUCUCGCUGGUGAUCGGCGUGGCGGGCACCGGCGUGACCUUCAGCUUCAACACGCUGCUGCAGACCAAGGUCGUGUCGGUGGCGCUGCUCUGCGCCGGCGUCGCCAUGCUGCUCACCGCCGCCGCCUGCUGGCGGGCGCACCGCCGCCGCCGCCGCGAGAAGAAGGAGGGCGGCUUCUUCUGCUCCGAGCAGGGGACGCUGUGA